AUGGACAAGAACGUGAAGCAGAACACAUUGCCAUUUGUAUUACAAUGUUAUUCACGCUGGGCUCUUGCUUCAGUGUUUGAGCGUCUCAAAGCAGUGCAUAUUAUGAAGGACCGUAUCGCCGAGCAUUUCUCAUUGGAGGAUACACGGUCAAAAACUAUUCUAGCCGCCAAUCAAGUUAGGUCCUUUCUUGUCGCAACGCCUUCGUCUGCGAUAGCGUCAGACAACAAAAAUGCAACGCAUAUAUUGGAGAACACUCUUGAGAAACUUGAUAGAUAUUUGCUCUUCAAAUGGGGCGCCCAAUCUUCGCUCGCUUGCGUUCUUUCAAUGGAUGAGAUUGCACUUGUAGUUCAACGCGCAUGCUGCGAACCAUCCGGCAAAUUACUUAGUCUGAGCAAUAUUCUACUGAGUCCAAGUCUUAACCUCCGACACUUUGCAACCCUUGAUAUUCUCAGAAGUGCAGUCACGGGUCGACCAACAUACUUCAAGUACGAAGCACAGUUCUCGUCUACGCAAUAUGACCAAAUUUUCAGUCAGCAUGACUACGGUUUGCAAUGGUUUUAUGGCUUUCCGGACCAUUUUGUAAUGAUAUUUGCUUGGAUCAACUCUUUGCGUGGAAUAGAGGGGGCUGGCGCCAACGCUGCAUUGAUAAGUCAAGUUGAGAUGGAGGUGCAGCGAGCCGAAACUGUGUUGGGCCUUGUGUGGGCUGCUGCCAACGAUCCUCGAGUGUUACGCGUCGUCAAGAAUGUGACGCGGCUCAUCAAAGGGGCCAAGUCUGGUCAUAUGCCUGAUGCGUAUCUGACUCCUCCAAUUACAAUUGUUGGGCUAGCUGCGUACAGGGAGCAAGAUCGUUACGUUGUCCAACAAAGGAUGCUUAACAUUGUAAAAUGUGCAAAGUCGAAAGUCGUUGCAAAGGAUCUCUUGCUACAGUUGGAGGAUGUAUGGACAAGGACAAGAAAUGAAAAAAGGGCUGCUGUCUGGUCCGAUCUAAGGAUAGCAUACCUCAAUGUCGUUGGAAUAUAA